AUGUGCUUGCAGACGCUGAAACAAGAGCCCCUGGGAGGUUCGAGAGAGGGGCUCGCUGUUCCUUGGGCCCUUCCCUGGUUGCUUUCUCCGACGCUCCGCGUAUGCACCCAGGCGCUUUGGGGGGGGGCAGCACGUGGCCCCGUUCCCCGUGCAGCUUGCCCUCGCCGUGGCAGCUCGACUCCGAGCUGCUGGAGAGUGUCCACGCUUAUGUCGUUGUUGGUUCUCGAUCAGCGGCUGCUCGACGAAACGCGGGCGCUGUCGGAGGCUGUUUUCGGCGAGGAUUGCUUGAGGGGCAUCACGAAGAAGUCAAAGUGGCAACUGACGUUGCUAGUCUCUGCCGACCAGGCCGAGAUGUUCGGCUUCAUCGUCACCAAGAGCGUCAACGGCAGCUUGGCGAUUGCGAAGCUUGCCGUGUCCUCGGAGUGUCGCAGGAUGGGUCUCGGGAAGCACCUCAUGGAAGAGGUGAUGAAGGCGGCAAAAAAGCGAGGCGAUAUCUACGAGGUGUGUCUCUCCUCUCUUGCCACUGCUGUCUCAUUCUACCAGCGCUUGGGCUUCAAUACGUUUAAAGACAUGAGGUUCGCGGUGGACUUCGAGGUCGAGGAGGGGCAGGUGUAUAUGGAGAAGAAGUUGCGCCCGCGGCCUCGGAGGAAAUAG